UGUAACUUUACUCUUUUUGCAUGACCACGCAAAAAAAACCAAAAAAAAAAAAAAAAUACAUAAGACCUUAGACAUUUCCCGUAGACCAUAUCUUUUUAAUCACGUUCACCUCUGUAUUUACAAAAAAGUCUUCUCAAUACUUUUAUACCGUUUGAAUGUGUUCCCGUUAUUUAAAAUAAAGUAAUUUGGACAUUUUACGCAGCCCCGAUAUUUUGAUUAUUAAAUCUACUUUGGUCAAAUUGCAGUCAAAUAUAUAAACAAGUCGCUUAACAUGAGUGUACUGAAUCACCAUGUCCUAAUAAAAUUGCUUCAUUACUCGACUUUCUUUUGUAUUUCUUGUGGUCUGGGCGCGGCUUUAAUGGGUGACAAGAUCGUUGAUGGAACCACAAAGUUAUCCCAGGACCAAAGUUCGUGCGGUACUACAAGUCGUGCUGCGAGAGCUUUUUUUCGCUCAUACUACUCCAUUAUGACUGUGUUGUUUAUUGGAUCCGGUGGUAAAACAUUUCUGACAGUGAUUGUAGUACGCGUAUCCAACAUAUUUGUCAUUGGCAGCCAAUAUGAGGAUUUUUGGAUUGAAUCUUUGUACUGGGCAGUGGACACAAGGUCGGAGUAA